AACCCUUGCCUUGCCGCCACGUGUCAGAAAAUCCUUCCCGGAAGACUCUCCCUCUAAUUCCACCCUCUGACAGAAGAAAUCCGAGACACCAACUCAUUUUAUAAACUAAUAAUCAUCUUUCCCACCAUUUUUAUGUAAACACCAAAGAUACACAGUUCUUUCCCUUUCAACUCUUUGAAACCCACUCUGCAACUCUGUUGUUGUCUCAUGCAAUCUUCAACAGCUUUAGAACCCCUUUUGUUUACCGCUCACUUAUCCACCAUGCUCAAACUCCUUAACAAGAGAAUCAAGCGCCUCUGUUCUCGCCUCCGGUGGCCGAUUCGCCGCCGGUCUAGGUCUGUGGUUGUCAUCAGAAGGCUUGGAAAAUUAAACUCCAAGGCUCGUACUGAUAGUAUCACCAAGGAUCGUGCUAUUGUCGUCAAUGGAUCUUCAAAAGUUCACCAAGAUGGCCAUUUGGGUGGUUUAGUAAACUCGUCGAGACCUAUACGUAUAGCGACUUUCAAUGCUUCCCUGUUUUCUAUGGCUCCUGCAAUGCCUAAAGCAGAUAAGUCUUCAAGUUUUGACUAUGACAAUGGUGGUUUUGUUGAUGGUGGGCGCUCCAUGGAUCUUGGUUUACGCGCAAAGUCUACAAAUGAUCGCCCGAAAAGUAUACUAAAGCAGUCUCCCCUGCAUCCGAGUUCCAUGAACGACAAAGAGAAUCUCUCCCAGCAGCAAAAAUUCGUGAAAUCCAAGUUAAGGGUGUCUAUCAACUUGCCAGAUAAUGAGAUUUCUUUAUUGCGAAAUCGACAACUGAGCUUUGCGGAACAGGGAAAGGAUGGCUCUUCGAGUGCUGCUGCGGGUAAAGCUUGGAGAGGUAAAGCCCCGUUGAGAUCAGCAGUGAGUUUUCCGACGAAUGUGGGAAACGGAAUAGAAGGUUGCGAGAGUUAUAGAAGCAGAAAGACAGUGCUUGAAGUCCUGAGGGAGUUAGAUGCUGAUAUAUUAGCUCUGCAAGAUGUGAAAGCUGAGGAAGAAAAAGCAAUGAAGCCAUUGUCUGAUUUAGCUGCUGCUUUGGGGAUGAACUACGUAUUUGCUGAGAGUUGGGCACCUGAAUAUGGCAACGCCGUGCUCUCCAAGUGGCCCAUUAAGCGCUGGAAAGUGCAGAAAAUCUUUGAUGAUACAGAUUUCAGGAAUGUGUUGAAGGCAACUAUCGAUGUAGCCGAGACCGGAGAAGUUGACUUCCAUUGCACACACCUUGAUCAUCUGGAUGAAAACUGGCGCAUGAAGCAGAUAAAUGCAAUAAUUCAAUCAAAUGAUGGUCCACACAUUUUAGCUGGUGGCCUCAAUUCCUUGGAAGAAACCGAUUACUCCAAAGAAAGGUGGACCGAUAUUAUAAAGUAUUAUGAAGAGAUGGGGAAACCAAUACCAAAAGUUGAAGUGAUGAAGUUUUUGAGGAACGAACAAUACACUGAUGCUAAGGACUUUGCAGGGGAGUGUGAGCCUGUAGUUGUGAUUGCCAAAGGCCAAAGUGUACAGGGAACGUGCAAGUACGGAACUCGGGUAGACUACAUACUGGCAUCACCAAAUUCACCAUACAAGUUUGUUCCAGGGUCGUAUUCGGUCCUGUCAUCAAAAGGGACUUCAGAUCAUCAUAUAGUAAAAGUUGAUAUGAUAAAAGUAAAUGAUAAUUUUGAAGAAAAUGUCAGUAGAAAGAGACGGCAACCAAAACAGAAACAGAAAGUUUUAAAGAUUACAAAUGGUUCUCCUUCUCCAUUAAAAUGCAUGUGGAAAACACAUACAUGAGAUGGGAUACUUUCCUUUUUUCUUUUACCUUUUGUUAUUGUUCAAUAUUAACUCUAGGGGGCAGAUGGUUUUGAAUCUGCAGUCUUAAUGUGCUUUGUAUAUCAUUAACAGCUUAAAGUAGAAACGAAAGAGUGAUAUCAAGUUUAUUCAUAUACUUACUGAAAAGAUGAUCAAAUUAGUAAAAAGAAAUUGAGUGCUUAGCCUAUUGUUACUGAA